AUGGCCAUGGACAAGGCGACAUGUGAUCUGACCUUUGAGGCCUGUCAAGUGACCCUGCGCGUUGGGGAGGAUGAGCGCAUCCACACGCUACCGGAGAAGGUGUUGUCAUUGUUGGAGCUGCAUCAUGGCGACCAGAAGGUGACAGACCGCCAAAGGCUUGGUGACCUUGAUCUGCAGUGGGUCAACAUUCCCAUUGUAGAAACUCCGGCAAACCCAGACAAAUUGGUCUUCAAGAUACAAGACGUACAUCCUGAUGUUACAGGAGGGCUUGAGAUCCAGGUGACUGUACCGGAGAGCAAUUACAAGCUGAAGAUGACUGUCCAGAAAAAUGACAACGUACACGACAUCAAGCGUAGGCUGCGCAGGGUGUAUGCUCGGAUGAACGUGGUGCAUGAUGGGAAGGUGAUAACGGACCUGACCCAAACGUACCGUCAGCUGGGAAUCCAGGCUACUGCGCAUGUGCAGCUGCAGUCUUGGGACCCAGAAAACCCACCUGUUUUACCAACUUAUAGUGAAGUCGAAGAGAUCGAGGAGGCAAUAGAGUCACUGAUACAAGAACUUCAGGGAGUAGUCCAACAGGGGAAUACGAAUGAGGAUUCAGACACUGAAUCUGAAACUUCAGAAACUGAAUCCUUAGAAUUAUCAUUUUCUGAGGAUUCAGAACAGAACGUCUGGUCCACCGUUCGCCAUAUCUUGUGGCGUCACCUGGAGCUCCGGGACGGAGACCCCGACAUCCCGCCCGGGGCCCUGGCGAUGCUGAUCCGGGCGGUGGGGGAGGACACCGUGGCAGGGGAGGUCUUACAGACUAUCCUGGAGGCCGCACUGGAGCGGCAGGGGGAGGGGGCAAAGUAA